CCCAGAACAUAAAUCAUCACCACAAAAAGGAAAUCAAUUAAAAAAGAAAGAAUCGAAAUUUGGAAUCUGGAAAAUGUCAGGAAGAGGGAAGGGAGGAAAGGGGUUAGGAAAGGGAGGAGCAAAGAGGCACAGGAAGGUGUUGAGGGAUAACAUUCAGGGUAUUACUAAACCUGCUAUUCGUCGAUUGGCUAGGCGAGGAGGAGUAAAGAGGAUAAGCGGCCUUAUUUAUGAAGAGACUCGUGGUGUUCUUAAGAUAUUCUUGGAGAAUGUGAUUAGAGAUGCAGUCACUUACACUGAGCACGCUCGUCGCAAGACUGUUACUGCUAUGGAUGUUGUUUAUGCUCUUAAGAGGCAAGGCCGUACUCUUUAUGGGUUUGGUGGUUAACUGUUUUUCUGAUUUUGAUUUUGAUUUUGAUUUUGAUUUUGAUUUUGAUUUUGAUUUUGAAUGUAAUUGGAUCUGAUGGUUUAUAUAUGAAAUAGAUGGGUUUAGUCUUUGUCAA